GCAGGUUUCUAAGUUUGUAACAGGUAGUUUUUAAAAUCUGUUCCUAUUUUGUGGCAUUUGUUCCGUCAUUAUUUUACGCUUUGUCCAGAUUACUUGCGUUAAGAGCUUCUCACUUUGUUAUGAAAUAUCCCAGAUCUUAACAUGCCUGCAACUUAGUUCAAGACUACCGAAAGAGGUCGGAGUAUGACUAAUAAAAUACCAGCCAAGCCCAAGCAGCAGUUUUAAGCCUAAGACGCUUCAUACCACAAAGUACCAAUUUCUGUAGUAUGAUGGGAAUUGUAGUUCCUUACUUGCAGUAGGCAGCAUCUGCGUCCGCUGUAUGAAGACGUCCUUCUAAAUGGCAGACAGAAUGUGGCUGUGGUUCAAAUCACGGAGGUGUACAGCUCUGCCGGAAUAAAAAGAAAUCGCCAGCCGCGUUUCAUCCUUCACAGCAUAAAGUAACACAUCAGCAAAACGCUAGAGAGUCAUCAUUCGCUCUGGUGUUAAAAGUAACUGCUGUCUGCUUCGGAAUGUCGGGCAAGUACCAGGAGAACUUCAGCUUGCUCAGAGGUGCCUGACUUAACCAAUUCAACUGUUCUUUAUUGAACUACGAUCUGGAAAAGUGCCACACUGAUGAGGAAACUGCUAGCUGGUGAUAAGAGAACAAGAAUACAAUGGAGAGUCUGGUUCUUCAUCUAAAGCUGCAGAUGGCUUUGACUCUGUUUACUUAAUAUGGUGUUGAAGAUCUUCAAAAUGUGGAAUGAGUGCACAGCAGGAUCUCAGAGACCAGCGAGAUCAACUCGUCACAAAUUUAGGCAGAGGAGCAGCCGAAAACUUUCAAAGUAUACUCGACUUAUUAUUGUCCUGGGAGGUUCUGACCUGGGAAGAUUACGAAAGUAUAAAUAUCCCAGUGUACAGUCAAUCCAAUUCUGUACGGACACUUUUAGAUAUUGUUAGCAGUAAAGGAGAGCAAGCCUGUGAAUUGUUUGUGAGUGCAUUCAAGACAGUCCAUAGAGGUACACAUGAGACUGAAUCAGCAUUGCCUACAGCCUUGUCAGCUGUACAGAGAAAGGAAUCCUGUUCAGCCGUCUUGACUCUACAGAAGCUAAGGCCAGUUUUAGUCAAGAAAAUUCACAGUUAUGUUGGAAAUAUACUGAAAGAACUGCUUGCUAAAGGAUUAUUUACAACAUUUGAAUGUGACGAAAUUCAGCUGCCAAUUAACACACCUUCACAACAGGCACGGCAUCUCCUCAAUCUGAGCAGAACAAAGGAUGAAGCAGUGGCCCGAUAUCUACUGAAUUACAUUCAGCACCUGGAAGAAAACAGCCAGCAACCAGUAAGAGACUUCAUUUGGCAAAGCUAUAAAAAUAGACUAAGAAGUAUCAUCUCUGCACAGUCUCAAUAUCUGAAUACUUAUGACAGGACUGAAAACGUCAGUUUGGAAGACAUUUACAUUGAUGGCGUUCUAGAGGUACAAAACGCUGGGUCAGAUAAUACUCAGAAACAUUCAUCGUGCAUAUUGGGUCUGACUGAUAUCUUCUCAGACUAUGGAACAUCAAAUGAAGAGGCGGACACGGUCGUUAUCUUGGGUGAAGCAGGUAGCGGCAAAAGCACACUAUUGCAGCAGCUCCAUCGACUAUGGGCUACUGACAGGGCCUUCCAGAACUUCUGGCUCAUCUUCCCGUUCAGCUGCAGAAGUCUAAAUUCCAUUGAGGGACCAUUGUCUUUAAAAUCUCUUCUGUUUGAGAAGUGCUGUUGGUCUGGAGAUGACCAAGAUAAGAUCUUUCAGUGGAUCCUUAAUAAUCCAGAAAAGAUCUUGUUCACUUUUGAUGGGUUUGAUGAAUUUAAGUUUAAAUUCACAGAUGUGGAGAAGCAUUGUUCUCCAACAAAUACCACCACUAUACAAAAUAUUCUCUUCAAUCUCAUUCAAGGCAACUUGAUGAAAAAUGCUAAGAAGCUAGUGACUAGCAGACCAGGUGCAGUAUCCCCGGUUAUGAAGAAGUACAUUCAGAAAGAGGUCAAUCUGAAGGGCUUCUCUCAGGAAGGAAUUGAACUUUUUAUCAGAAAGCAUUACAGUGAUGUAAGCACUGCUGAUCAGUUGAUAAACUUAGUGAAAACAAACUCUGCUCUACAUGCUUUGUGUCACGUCCCAGUUUUCUGUUGGAUUGUUUCUAAGUGCCACAAGGAAUUAAUGCCCAACAGAACCUCCUCUCUACAGACUAUGACAGAUGUUUAUUUUUUGAUCUUGCAACACCUGCUUCUGCAUACUGUGGGACACUGUGAAUUAGCUGGUCUACAGAGUAAAGCCAACACAGUUCGUCAUUUGAGCAAGCUGGCAUUUAAUGGCCUGUGCGCUUGCUGUUAUAUGUUCUCAAGGAGAGAGCUACAGGAGGCAGAAGUAGGCCAGGAGGACAUUUCUGCUGGAUUUCUGGUCCAUUCAAGAAGCUUUUCAUGCAAGGAAGGUACAUCAGAUCAGCACUUUGAAUUUCUACAUAUUACCAUACAGUGUUUUUUUGCUGCACUGCAUAUAGCAUUGAAUAAUGGCUUCAGUCACUCUGCCAUAUGUGUUCUGUUUAAAUGCAGCAGUAAAAGAACGUUAACAGGAUGUACUAGCAUGCAUCGUUAUUGCUUUUAUCCAUCUCAUGAGCAAGAUGAAGAAAACAGAACGUUGCUGCUAGAUGCAGAACGCCCAAACCUUGAAUUAACUGCUACUUUUCUUGCAGGUCUUCUCUCGUCUAGGCAUGUUGGCAGUCUAUCUGAGUUUUAUGAGAGAGAGAACAUUCUCAGAAAACAUGAACUUGUUAAGAAGUAUUUGAUAAAAGGUAUGCAAAAACACUUCAGAUCGAUACCAGCACCUCUUCCUGGGGAAAAGAAAAGUAUGCAUGCCAUGCCAGAAUUUAUCUGGCUGAUUAAGUGCAUUUAUGAAAUUCAGGACUGCAGCUUUGCCAAGCAUGCUGUUGCUAAACUGGAUGUGGAGCAUUUGAAGCUCACAUAUUGUGGCAUAGGCCCUGCAGAAUGCACUGCUCUAGCCUAUGUGCUAAAACACUUGAAGAUUCCCAUUGGAUUACAGUUGGAUCACAAUUUGAUAGGAGAUGUGGGAACUGGACAGCUUCUUCCUUGCCUGGGCACCUGUCAUUCUCUUUAUUUACGGAACAACAAUAUAUCUGAUGAUGGUAUCGCUAAACUUCUUGAAAGAGUCCUUCAGUGUCCUGACUUUAAUAAGAUUGCAUUGUUCAACAAUAACUUGACAGAUGACUGCAUGCACUGGUUUGCAAAGCUUCUAAAACAGAAUCAGCAUUUUUUGGCACUAAGGCUGGGAAACAAUCAUAUCAAAGAAAGGGGAGCGGAAGACCUGGCCAAAGGGUUGAAAGCAAAUAACUCAAUUCAGUGGCUGGGACUUUGGGGGAAUAAGAUUGGAGAUAGAGGUGCAUGUGCCAUUGCAGAAGCUCUUCACAAUAACACAAGUUUAAUAUGGCUCAGUCUGGUUGAUAACAACAUUGGAAACAUCGGGAUUCAAGGAUUAGCCAUGUUGAUUGAAAAGAACACAGUACUUGAGGAACUCUGCCUUGAUGACAACAAACUUGAAGAUGAAGAUGUUUAUUGCUUAGCUGAUGCAAUUCUGAAGAAUUCGGCACUUAAAAUACUUAAACUUACAAAUAAUAGAAUUACCACCCGUGGCAUUAUGUACCUUCUUGAAAAGCUUGAAUCCAACACCACCAUAAAAUCAGUUUGGCUGAGAGGAAAUCAACUUACAGAUGAAGAACAACAGAAUUUUGAAAAAACAGAUGAAAGACUUACGUUCUGACCUCCUGUUUGCAGACUAUAAUUUGUUUCUUGUACUAUGUUGUGCUUGCUUUAGGAGAAUAUUUUUUUAUAAUUAAUAAAUGUUUAUUUAUAAAGUUGUACUUUCACAGUUAAUUUAUUUUAUGUUUUUAUGGAGUCUGCACAAAAGAGUAUUUUUUUAAUAAAAUUUUGUGAACAAUUGUUCAAAGCCUGGAAUGAUGAAAAGAUUACAUCCAUCAGCAAAUUGCCACA